GAAUGUUUGAGUUCCUGUUUUGGAGGUCGGGACUUGCAGAGGGCUGGGGAUGUGGUCCCUGGGCUCUGGGUGCUUGGUCCCCGGGCGUGCGUGGCGAAAGAGGGCCUGAUCAGACCGCUGUUCUCCAGCUGCGCCGGGAGGCCCGCCUUCGCCGCGAGUACCUGUACCGCAAGGCCCGCGAGGAGGCACAGCGAGCCGCGCACGAGAGAAAGGAGAAGGUGCGGCGCGCGCUGGAAGAGAACCGCCUGAUUCCCACUGAGUUGCGCCGGGAGGCUCUGGCCUUACAGGAGUCCCUGGAGUUUGAGGAUGCCGGUGGUGAAGGUGUGACCAACCACAUGGAUGAUGAAUAUCGAUGGGCAGGGGUCGAGGAUCCCAAGGUCAUGAUCACUACCUCCCGUGACCCCAGUUCCCGCCUAAAGAUGUUUGCAAAGGAGCUGAAGUUGGUGUUCCCAGGUGCCCAGCGCAUGAACCGUGGCCGACAUGAGGUGGGGGCACUGGUGCGAGCCUGCAAGGCCAACGGGGUCUCUGACCUGCUAGUUGUCCACGAGCAUCGAGGCACACCUGUGGGCUUCAUCGUCAGCCACCUGCCCUUCGGCCCUACUGCUUACUUCACACUGUGCAACGUGGUCAUGCGGCAUGAUGUUCCCGACCUGGGCACUGUGUCAGAGGCCAAGCCUCACCUCAUCAUGCAUGGCUUCUCCUCCCGCCUGGGCAAGCGGGUCUCUGACAUACUCCGUUACCUGUUCCCGGUACCCAAAGAUGACAGCCACCGAGUCAUCACCUUUGCGAACCAGGACGAUUACAUCUCCUUCCGGCACCAUGUGUACAAGAAGACUGACCACCGCAGCGUGGAGCUGACUGAGGUCGGGCCUCGCUUUGAACUGAAGUUGUACAUGAUCCGCCUGGGCACGCUGGAGCAGGAAGCCACAGCAGACAUGGAGUGGCGCUGGCAUCCCUACACCAACACUGCGCAUAAGAGGGUCUUUCUGAGCGACGAGUGAGCCCACUUGCUGGUCAGGACGUGGACCUGGACCCAGGAGAUGGGGGGGGGUUAGAAUAAAGUCUGUGUGCCACACCA